UCCUCAGUUCUACAUUUUUGCACGGACAGAAACAAAGCUCUUGACGUGUGUGUAUGUGUGUGUGUGUAUGUCUGUGUGCACGCAUGCACUUUGCUGAUAGAGUUGAGACAGCUCUUUCUUCUACCUUGUAUAAGUAUGGUAUAGCAUUAACCCAUGAACUAGAGAACAAUGUAAUAGAUUAGAUAUUUCUUUAUUUUGGAGGGAGAAAAUGGAAACAUCAUUAGUUUUCUUUUCUCAUUUAAAUAUGUGUGAAUCAAAAGAAAAGACUUUCUUCAAGCUAAUGCAUUGUACAGGAAAAGAAGAAACAAGUAAAGAAGUCAAAAUCAGAGCUAAGGAUAAAAGGAACAGGCUAAGUCUUCUCCUACAGAAAGCUGAAUUACAUGAAGAAGCUCACUCGAGCAGUACUGGUCCCUUGGCCAAAGAAACAAGUGUCUCUCCCGAAGAAGCAAUGAAAUGGGGUGAAUCAUUUGACAAACUGCUUUCCCAUAGAGAUGGACUGGAUGCUUUUACCAAAUUUCUUAAAACAGAAUUCAGUGAGGAAAACAUUGAAUUUUGGAUAGCCUGUGAAGAUUUCAAGAAAAACAAGGAACCUCAACAAAUUAUCCUUAAAGCAAAAGCAAUAUAUGAGAAAUUUAUACAGAAUGAUGCUCCACAAGAGGUUAACCUUGAUUUCCACACCAAAGAAAUCAUUACUAAGGGUAUGGAUCAUCCCACACUCCAGAGUUUCGAUGCUGCACAAAGUAGAGUGUAUCAGCUCAUGGAACAAGACAGUUAUACCCGUUUCCUGAAAUCCGACAUCUAUUUAAACUUGAUAGAAGGAAGACCUAAGAGACCAACAAAUCUUAGAAGACGAUCACGCUCAUUUACCUAUAAUGAAUUCCAAGAUGUAAAAUCUGAUGUUGCCAUCUGGUUAUAAGUCAGGUUGAGUUUUCUAAGUUUUAUGGUAAAUUUGUGCAUUUUCUUAUGAUGUAACACAUUUAUGUUAAGAAAUGAUUACAUUUUUAAAAGUGAAAUAUAACGUGAAAUGAUUUAAAAAUGUAAACCAAGUUUUUGUAUAGAAAAUACAUACUGUAUCUUCCAAUAUAUUCUGUAACUUAAAAACUUUUCACUUGAUAUCUUUCUGAUCAUAAUUGGAAAAUUCAUCUAUUAGUUAAAAAGCAGUAAGUAAGCCUCAAAGUUGAAUGUUUUAUAAGAUUGUGAAGUAAAAUUUAGGUUUUUGCAAAACACCAUAAGUUUGACCACCUAUCUAGUAUGGAUAAUUUUUUAUAGAUGUAAACAACAGUAGUUAGAUAUGCAUGUGUUCACACAGCAUUUUCCCUAAUAAUAAAUACAGUCUUUCUCUUGAUAAUAAUGUAGAUUUGAUCCAGUUCUUAAAAUGGAAAGAUGGACGUUGGUACUAAUCCUGGCUCAAGAAUAUAAAUAUGUCACGUUUACUAUUAAACUAGCAAAGGGAACUUUUACAGACACACAUAUUUAUAGGAAUUUCCAAUUUAAAUAUAACUUACAUUUAUAAAUGAACAUCAGCUCAUUCCUAAAUGAUUAUGGACUUGUCCAGGUACAUGUAAGCAUGUCUCAUGGUUACACAAUCAGGUUGUGUGUAACUCCAGGUUGGGACUAAUUGUUCUCACCUGCUAAAUGAGGUUGCUAUUGAAAUAAUAAGCAACCAGCUUCAAAUUAUGAGACCAAUUUUGCCGGGAAAAAAUGGGUCUCAUGUUUUGACUAUUAAACUUGGGGGAGAAUUUAGAAAUGACAGGAGUUAAAGUAGAAAGGAAUUUAAGGUCCUGGAAAUUCAGACAUCUGCCACACUCAUUCAUAUUCACAAUAUACUAUUCCACUGAUUAUAUUCUCCUUAUAAUUCUCAGCUAAUACUGUUAUUCAACCAGAUUAUAUUAAUAUUCAUGUAUGUGUUCAUUUUAUAUAAAUAUUUAAUUUUAAAUCUAUAUUACACAGUCUGUAAAUAUCUAGAUUUAAAGAUCCUACAUAUUUGUCUUUAGUAAAUGUUAUCAUUUAAAUUUAAAUAUAGAAUGAAAAAUUAGAUCCUCUAAAAUAAUAAUUUAAAAUUAAUUAUUCAUACUGUUAAGUUUAAUUGAUCAGUGAAACCUUUUUUUAAUUAUUAUUAUCCCUAUUAUAAUCAAAUAAUUUUUAUGGGACAGUAUUGAGAUAGUAUUAAUUGAGAUAUUGUGUCACUUAUUUUAAUAUAAGCUUAAUUCUUUAUACGGUUGUCAAUAUAAAAACAAAGUAUCAUAUAUUUUUAAGAUCAACUAAGAAAGUCAUUAAAUUUUUCUUUAUCCAGAAUGUAUACUCUUCUGUGGCAAUCUAGUUUCAUAAAAUGUGUUUUAUAAAUUGAAUUAAAACUUGAUACAUCCUUUCUGGUCUCAUCACAAAAAUAAUGCACUGACUAUAGAAGGAUUGACCUGGUAAUAUACAUUAAAUAGAUAGACACAUAUAAAACAAACUUUCCAUUUGUAAUACUUUCCAAAGUCUUCCAAAUUUAAAACUAUAAUAAAAUAACUGCAAAAAUUUUCAUGGUAGUGGGUUAGAUUGUGUUGAUUCUGACAUACAAUAUCACUAAUUAUCUUUCAAUGAAAGUAAUCAUGAGGCAAAUGUUCCAGGUGACAACACAAACAUUAGAUUUUUUCAGAAUAUUUAUUAGAAAGUAGACUGAAAAUAACUGAUAACAGCAAUUAUAGAGCUAUAAAAUAAUUCCUGUGUUUUAAAAAAUGUGAAACAAAUAUUAGCUUCAUCUCUAAUAAUGCAAAUGUUCUUGAUUGUGUUUAUUCCAAACAUGGCCCAUGUCUUCCAGAGGAAAAAUUAUUUUAUUUUCGUUUUUCAUGCUGAAUUACAAAAGUAUUAUGAAAUUUGGUAGUAACCUAAGGAGCUCCAUGAUUUUAAAAUAUAGAGUCAGAAAAUUUAUAUCUAGAGUCUAAGGUAUAUUAUCACAAAAACAUUUUUCAACAAGCUAUUGAAACAUGUCAAAGUCAUAUUUAAGAUAACCAUAAAGCACAUGAGUGACACUGAAUUUCAAAAUCAUGCAUUUUCAAUAAAAACAAUAUAUAGAUUCUGGACAAAAAGCAUGCAUUAUGGGAAAAUUUAAAUUAUGAUAAUCUGAUCCACAAUUUCUACUUUAAUAUCACACAAUUUUUUCUAAAGUACCAUAUCAUAGACAUAUCAAAGAGUAACCAUAAUUAGUUUUACAAUCAGUUAAUGACAAGUAAAAAUACAUGAAGAGCAUAAAUUGUUUAAAAAAUUCUAUUCUUUCAAACCAGAAUGGAUACUUACAUUUAUUUCCUAAACUAUUUUUAAAAUCUACUUAAAACUUUAACAUUCAAACACUAAAUGUCAGAAUUAGUUUAGUCAGAAAAUCUAAAUUUGAAAAACUGUAUAUUAUCUGAAAAAAUAAAACUAUUAAUUUUUAAAGUAACAUACAUAGUAUCACUGUGAGAACAGUAGAAUCAUGAAAAAAAAAACCAGUACAAUCUCAAAAAUGAGAAAUGAUAAUGUAUUUGAGGUAAAUCCUAAAGAGAAUAUACCAGAAAAAAAUCAAGAAGAUAAGCAAUGAAGCAAAGAGAAAAUAUAUAAAUAUAUAUAAUUUAUGCAAUUCGCUCUAUAUAGUUAUAUAUCAAUUGCAGGAAGUUGAUUUGUGGAAUUUCUUUUCUUUUCUUUUGUUACAUAUACAGAACAUACAGCUGUAUUUGUGUAAGAGAAGAUUUGUAAGAGUUGAAAUUUCCUGUUCAAAGCAUGACACUGUUCUGAAAGGGAAAUUUACUUCAUUACCUGAAACUUGAAUUAGACAACCUGCAGGUUUCUUGAAUUUUAUUCUUUCCUGCAGCACAAGCAGAUCUUAACACAGUGUAUGCAAUAGACAUCAUAAAUAUACUAAAACUUUAUUAAACUUUCUUAUAUUUUGUUUUACAGCAACUCAAGCUUUACAGUUUCAUUACUUUGUAAGUUAUAUUUUCUUUUAUUUACAUUAAAACUAAAAUUUCUGAAAGAA